AUGAUGAUACAGAGGCAGGCACGGUGGAAGCAACAAAAAAGUUGGAUUCUUAAAAUAGAACGGGAUCUUCAGCGAAAUAUUCAGAGAAGCCUGAAAAUGUUGUCAAGAAAUGUUUUUCGACGUCUGUGUAUGGUGAAAAGAUUCCAGAGUACUCUUGUAAUUGCCGAGCACACGAAUGACAAGCUGACACCAAUAACAUUAAACGCUGUUUCGGCUGCAUCCAAACUUGGCGGUGAAGUGUUCUGUUUAGUGGCUGGAACCCAAUGUUCAAAGGUCGCCGAGGAGGCCUGUAAGGUUGCUGGUGUCAACAAGGUUCUUUUGGCGGAUAGCGACGCGUUUAAAGGCUUUUUACCAGAAGCUUUAACAGCACUGGUUUUAGCAUCAAAUGAACAGUUCAAAUUUACACACAUUCUAGCUGGAGCGAGUGCAUUUGGCAAGAGCCUGGUGCCUCGCGUUGCGGCCAAGUUGGAUGUCUGUGCAAUUUCCGAAGUUAUCGGAAUUGAAUCACCAGAUACAUUUGUACGGACAAUUUAUGCUGGAAAUGCUGUCCAGACUCUAAAGUCGAUGGAUAGUAUAAAAUUAUUGACAGUGCGGGGAACAAACUUCGAGGCUGCAGCUACCACUGGGGGAUCUGCUGAAUCGAUGAAAGCACCAGAACCUUCAGGAUCAAAUACUCUUUCUGAGUUUGUCUCACAAGAACUGAGCAAGAGUGACAGACCCGAACUGACAAGUGCUAAAAUCGUCAUAUCUGGAGGUCGUGGGAUGAAGAAUGGUGAAAACUUCCAGUUGCUGUAUAAACUUGCUGACAAGAUGGGGGCGGCAGUGGGAGCAUCCCGGGCAGCCGUGGAUGCUGGAUUUGUCCCAAAUGAUAUGCAGGUUGGCCAGACGGGCAAGAUAGUUGCACCCGAUCUUUACAUCGCGGUGGGAAUUUCUGGUGCUAUUCAGCAUCUGGCUGGCAUGAAGGACAGUAAAGUGAUUGUUGCCAUCAACAAAGACCCCGAAGCACCAAUCUUCCAGGUGGCUGACUACGGACUUGUAAUGGAUUUAUUUAAGGCCGUUCCAGAAAUGACAGAUAUUUUGAAGUGAAAUGUAUCGGUUUAGAUUAAAGCAUUUGUAUAAAUAUUUGAUUAAACUUCAAGUGAAGGUUGUAUUAAUUGUAACAUACAUGUAGUUGUGUCAGAUAUUUUGAUGUGAAAUAAAAUUAUGUUUAAAUUACAAGCUCAAACAUUUGAUCAAUAUAAUAAACUUCAAUUGUAGGCUGUAUUGUUAACAUAGUAGUGUCAGAUCUUUUGAAGUGAAAUAUAUGUUUCAGUUUGAAUUACAAUCAUAGUCAUAAAUUCAUAAUUACAAACUGCCAAAUAUAGGCUGUAUUGUUAACAUGGUGGUGUCAGAACUUUAGAAUUGAGAAUAUGCUUUGUUACAAUUUACAUAUAUAAAUUACAUUGGACAUGUACAUCAAAUGCAGGCUUUAUAGUUGAACAUACAUGAUUCUGAUGUCAGGUUCUCAAAAGUAUUUACCCAUUUACAUUCAGUUUGAUUGUAGUUACAAUUGGUAAAUUGAGGUUCUACACUAUUUAGUCUUGAUACGAAUUUGAUAUAAAUAUAUGUACAUGAUGGAAAAUAAAAAUUAUUUUUGGUUGAA